CGGGCUUAGGCGGGGCGGGAGGCGGAGGCGCCGCGUAGGCCAGGGAGGCCGGGCUGGCCCGGCUUGGUAGCUCUGUACCCAUGUGCCGCCGCCUCCCCGAACGAUGUUCCCCUCCCGGAGGAAAGCGGCGCAACUGCCCUGGGAGGACGGCAGGUGGGAUAUUUCCUCAUGUCCAUCUCCCCGAUCUCUACCCCACCCCCAGCAAGAGCCCAGAGGGAGAAUCUAUAGAGGUUCCAGCCGUCCCAGGCCAAUAGCAGGAUUGGCCUCUGCUCUUCCCCAGCGGAAACCCCCACCACAUGACAAUGGGGGGUCCAGGUUGAUGCCCAGUGGCCUCCCCCGGAAAUGUUCCGUCUUCCACCUCUUUGUUGCCUGUCUCUUACUGGGCUUCCUCUCCCUGCUCUGGCUGCAGCUAAGCUGCUCUGGGGACGUAGCCCGGGCAGCCAGGGGACAAGGACAGGAGACCCCAGGCCCAUCCCGGGCCUGCCCGCCAGAGCCACCUCAUGAGCACUGGGAAGAAGAUGAGUCAUGGGGCCCCCACCGCCUGGCAGUGCUGGUGCCCUUCCGAGAACGCUUUGAGGAGCUGCUGGUCUUUGUGCCCCACAUGCAUCGCUUCCUGAGCAAGAAGAAGAUCCAGCACCACAUCUAUGUGCUCAACCAGGUGGAUCAUUUCAGGUUCAAUCGGGCAGCACUCAUCAACGCGGGCUUCCUGGAAAGCGGCAACAGCACAGACUACAUCGCCAUGCACGACGUGGACCUGCUCCCUCUCAAUGAGGAGCUGGACUAUGGCUUCCCAGAGGCUGGGCCCUUCCACGUGGCCUCCCCAGAGCUCCACCCGCUCUACCACUACAAGACCUACGUUGGUGGCAUCCUGCUGCUUUCCAAGCAGCACUACCAGCUGUGCAACGGGAUGUCCAACCGCUUCUGGGGCUGGGGCCGAGAAGAUGACGAGUUCUACCGGCGCAUCAAAGGAGCUGGGCUCCAGCUUUUUCGCCCUUCGGGUAUCACAACGGGGUACAAGACAUUCCACCACCUGCAUGACCCAGCCUGGAGGAAGAGAGACCAGAAGCGCAUCGCGGCUCAAAAACAGGAGCAGUUCAAGGUGGACCGGGAGGGAGGCCUGAGCACGGUGAAGUACCGUGUGGAUUCCCGUACAGCCCUGUCUGUGGGCGGGGCCCCCUGCACUGUGCUCAACAUCCUGCUGGACUGUGACAAGGCCGCCACCCCAUGGUGCACAUUCAGUUGAAUUGGCUGGACAGUAAGGGAGCUUGUGCCUACAGGCCACACUGCUACUCACGCCCAGGACAAAGCCUUGGCCCAGGCCCAGCUCCAGUAGGACAUGGAGUGGCCUGAAGCAGUGGCCAACCAGCCACAUGUUUGCAGCAGCCUGGCUCCCAAAGGCAGGUUUGAGCCAGGACAGGACACACACAGGGUGCCUGGGAUGCUACCAGCAAUAAACAGUGAUGGAGAGAGGCUGGAACAUGGCUCCCAACUGGGGCUCUCCACCCUGCCUUACUGCUUGCCUUGCCCCGCCCUCCCCUCCAUUGUGUGCUGAGAUCUGCAAGUUCCUCCCUUUGGACUGCCUCGUGCAGAGAUACAGUUUAGAAGCCAGGCCACUGAUGUGGGUGGCCAGGGCCAUCAGGAGGGUUAAAACUGCAGAGACCAGUGUGCAAGCCCUACAAAGGGAGCAGCUGAGACCAGCUCUGGCUGGCUGUCACCGUGCAGGAAUGUGGGCCUAGUGUUGCCAGAUCUUCUGAGUUUUCAAAAGAAACUAGAAUUCUGGAUUCUUGAAUGAAAUUGGUUAAUUUUUUUAAUUGGUUAAUUUUUAAAUGAUGGCAGCUAAUUCAAACUUUUAAAAAGUAUGGCAGGCCAAACCUGUGGCUGAGGGGGAAGGGAAUGGGGCAAAAGAAGACAUUUUUCUUUGUUAAAAGCUGGCAAGGAGUUGGGGCAGGGCUGGGGAUGAUGAGGCCAGGGGAAGCUCAGGUGGGAGAGAAGCCCAAGAUACAAGGUCCCUGUUCCCUCCCUCAGCCCAAGGGGUGCUUCAUCCCGUCUCACUAAAAUGGACGGAAGUAGAUCACAAGACUGGAGUGAGGGUAGUCGGGCUAGAUUGUGGAGACUCAUUCAGUCAUCGCUUGGGAAGGGAAGACCGUGUUCCUGAGGUGGGAGGAAGAUGAGAAGUAGAAUCCCUGGAGUGUUCCCACAGUGUGAGGAGAGAUUACUGAUGGUCAUCGAAAGCAACAGAGAGGGAGGGUGGGGAGCCAAGGGAGAUGGUGGAACCAUCUGGAGGGAAGCCCAGGGCCAAUGAGAGAGGGAAAUGAGGGACCCUGAAAGGUAAAUGACUCCUUCAAGGCAUUUGACUGCAGAAGAUUUGGGGCAGAAGUUGGAAGAGACUGGGACCAGUUAAGGUUAGUUUGUUUAACAAUAAACAGGACACCUGAAGUGCCAGAGGAAAGAUUGAGGUCCCCAGAUACAGGAGGGUAGAUUGAGCAUCUCUACUCCAAAAGGCUCCCCCUCCAUCGGUGGUCUUCAGGUUAUUUUGUGCAGUUGUGUGGGUUGUGCACUUAGAACCUGAGCAUAAACCAAGAGAUCUCAGCAAAGAGGAGUGGAGGGAGUGAAGAACUUCAGGCUCCAUGUAACUGGUGAGACUUAGAAGAGAGGGUCCUUGGGAUUCUAAAUUGGCCUCACCCAGCAAUUCAGCUUUACUUACUGCAGUGAAGGGCAAACAAAUCUUGAUGACAGUGCAAGGGUAGUAAAGGGGCUUCCUUGACUUGAGGCCCAGGGGAGGGGAAUGGUGCACUUUCUGUAUGCUGGUCUCCUGGACAGCCCUGACUCUGUUAUCUUGGACUUAAGUCACGAAGACUUUGGGAGUUGGAGUAGGUAUGACUGCCCCCAGCUCUAUACCCACCUGGCAGAUAAGACGAAAAAGAUGGGGGACUCGUUCCUUUCCACCUGCCCUGGGAGGUGGGAUGAGCAGGAGAAAAGCAGGAUCAGCCAGCUCAGCCUGGGCUGGGUGCAUCUCUAACCCUGCACUCCCACGCUCUCACGACCACCACUACCACCUCCAUGAUCCAGACAGCAGAAGGCACCCCAGGCCAGGCCUGAUGCAGCUGUAAUCUUCAGCCCACCCUCACUCCCCAUCUCGGGACUCCCCUAAACCUUUCUGGGAGAGCAGGAGAAGGCUAAGAGGUGGUCAGUAAUGAAGAAGCAGAGAGCUCUUCUGCCGCCUCAGCACCUUGGCAGCUCCUCUCGAGUGGAACAGGCGCCCCAGCCUUGCUGGUCAGUAUGUGACUGAUGUGAACCCAGGAUAUAGGAGCACCUGGCACGUGCUUUGCCUGUGAUUCUGUGAUGACAGCCGGCACUUGAGCAUUCUCA